CGGCAGCCCGUGAGUCGGUGCGCGUGCCCAGAGCCCCAUGGAUCUGCCGGCCGGCAACAGCAGCUGCGAGAACGGUUCCCUGAUCAGCCUGUACUGCUCCUCCCAAAGAGUCCUGUGCCAGAUCGUCAGUGACCUCCAGCCCGAGGUGCCCAGCAAUGUCACCUCCGACAGCUGGCAGGAGAGGUUCAGGAAGAACUACAGCUUCUACGUCGGUCUGGGGCUGGCCAUCCUGUCCAGCUUCCUCGUCGGCAGCAGCGUCAUCCUCAAGAAGAAGGGCCUACAGCGACUGGUGGCCUCGGGUGCCACGCGGGCUGUGGAUGGAGGCUACGGCUACUUGAAGGACUCAAUGUGGUGGGCUGGAUUUCUCACGAUGGCUGCUGGGGAAGUUGCCAACUUCGGGGCUUACGCAUUCGCUCCUGCCACAGUCGUCACCCCUCUGGGAGCACUGAGUAUCCUCAUAAGUGCCGUCUUUUCCUCGUAUUUCCUGGGGGAGAGUCUGAACCUCCUGGGGAAGCUGGGCUGUGUGAUCUGCGUGGCUGCUAGCACAGUGAUGGUGAUCCACGCCCCCGAGGAAGAGAAGAUAAGCACCAUCAUGGAGAUGGCUGCCAAGAUGAAAGACACUGGGUACAUCGUGUUCGCUGUGUUUCUGCUGGUGUCCUGCCUCAUCCUCAUCUUCGUUGUUGCCCCACGUUAUGGACAAAGGAACAUCCUCAUCUACAUCAUCAUCUGCUCUGUGAUCGGGGCCUUCUCCGUGUCUGCCAGCAAGGGUCUGGGCAUCACCAUUAAGAACUUCUUCCAGGGGCUCCCAGUUGUGCGGCACCCUCUCCCCUACAUCCUGUCUCUUAUGCUGGCGCUUUCGAUCAGCACUCAGGUCAACUUCCUCAACAGGGCGCUGGACAUCUUCAACACCUCCCUGGUGUUCCCCAUCUACUACGUGUUCUUCACCACGACGGUGAUGACCUCCUCCAUCAUCCUCUUCAAGGAGUGGUACAGGAUGUCAGCCGUGGACAUUGUGGGCACCCUCUGUGGCUUUGUCACCAUCAUCCUGGGUGUAUUCAUGCUUCAUGCUUUCAAAGACCUGGACAUCAGCCAGAGCAGCCUGCCCCACAUGCACAAAAACCCACCUGCCACUCCUGCCCCAGAGCCCAGUGUCAUUAGACUUGGAGACAAGAAUGUCCUGGUGGACAACAUGGAACUCUCCAGCACCCCAUCACCAGAAGAGAAGCCCAAAGUGUUUACAGCCCAUUCGUAAAGCCUGAAGUAGAGAAGUGACAGGAUGAGCCCCGUGGUCCAGCCUGACUGCUUGAUUUCAGAGCCACCUGGUUACUUCCAACACAACUCUUACCAAUGGGCUCUUUUCUUGAGACUUUCAUUUAUACCUCAUCGCUGUUUCCAGGAGAAAAACCCCUACUCAAUAAGCAGUGGUGGUAUAACUUCCUGGAAACACAGCCUCAGUGACCAAAUACCCUACUUUAUUGGUGCCAGCAGGUCCCCUGGACCUCCCUUCCCACUUGUUUCCUCUGUGUUGUGGGGAAGAAGAUCGGAUUUGACCCAUUGAAUGUAGCGCAAGCCAGGAACUUCCCUGAAACGCUGGUCAUCAGGAAGUUCUCCUCCUGAGACUGACUCACUGGUCCCGAGUCCAAGGCUGAAGUGCGCCUGGCUCCCCGAGGCCCAGGGAGCAACUCGCCAUGCCUCCCAUCCAGAACUAACAGACACACAGCUCUCAUCAAAUGUCUUGUUGCUGUUGCCACCUCAUCUUCGGAGACGGAAACAAGACCUCAGCUGACCUUACUGUGAAAGCCGCCUGAUGUCUCAGGGACACCCUGCCACCAGCCCCAUUCCCAGAGCGGCCAGCCUGGAGCUUAGCAUCUACUUCCAUCCACCCCACCCCCACCCUUCCCUCUGUGCUCAGACUCUCGCAACCCCGCUCCUCUGUCCAUGGGAUUCUCCAGGCAAAAAUACUGGAGUGGGUUGCUGUGCCCUCCUCCAAGGGAUCUUCCUGACCCAGGUAUUGAACUCGUGUCUCUUAUGUCUCCUGCAUUGGCAGGCAGGUUCUUUACUGCUAGUGCCACCUGGAAAGGCCCCUUCUCUCUCUAGAUGCACCCCAAGGAGUUGGUCACAGAGACAUUCAGGUGGUUGUCCAAGAACUCAAAACAACACAACCACCACCACAACAAAAGGUGCUUCCCAGCCGAGGUGUGCUGGCCAAGCCCAGAGUUUCAUUCUGCCUCACUCUAAGAGAAUAGCAGUUGCACCAUUUUUAAAAGUAGCCUGGUUGUUGAGUAGAAUGCACUUUCCUUUUCCUCAAGGAGUAAACCACAAUAUGAUUUGGGGAGAUGGGGAGAAGAGUGAGGAGCAGAGUCAGAAUUUGGCAGAGAGCAGACACAAGCUCUCUGGAAACCAGGGGCUAACCUGUGUUUACUCUGGUGGCCGACCAAGAACCCAGGUGGGAAAGGUAACCUCUGGGUGUGUGUGUGUGUUUUUUUAAAAUGCAGCAUGCAGGAUCUUAGUUCCCAGACCAGGGAUUGAACCCAUGCCCCUUGCAGUGGAAGCACGGAGUCUUAACUACUGGACCACAGGGAAGUCCCCUUCUGCAGUGGAAGCUCAGAGUCUUAACCACUGGGCUGCCAGAGACGUCUCCUCUGGGUAACUUCUGGGCUGAAGCCUUAGAGGCUUGGCCAGUGGGAUCAGCUUUGAACUUCAGUGACCAAGUUGGGGUAUAAGCUAGGCACAGGGUGUCAUUCUGGCAAUGGACCAGAUUGCCACCAAGUCCCCACUCCACUGAUGAGCUGCCCACCCUGGGAGGAGGUGUGUCACAACUGCUGUCCCUCCACCUGCUUUGGGGACUGCCUGUGGUCCCCCCACAUUUGGCUGGAGGCAGUCAAAAAACCAAGAGCAGCUGGAGAGAGAAUUAAUAUCAUCUCCCUUCCUGUCUUCUUUCCAGCAGUAAGAAUGUGACAGUUGAUUCAAGGACCAUUGAUAUGGAGGUUAGGGAGUCAGUAUAUUUGUCAAGAAGGAAGCCCUGGCCUUAAGCCCCCCGAGCUGGUGUAGAGCCCCCCUGUGUAACUCCAUACCUGUGCCUGUGUUUAUGUCCCGGGCCCUGAGCACAGCCAAGCCCAGGCCAAACUCCUGCUGGCCUUAGAGCGCCAAUGAACAGACUGGCUUUCUGCAUGCAUUGCAGCCUCAAAGCUCCAAUUUUGAAUGACUGUGGAUUUCUCUCUAUAACUAAAAUCAAUGCAACCUGUUGGAUGUUGAGAAUGGCCGUGAUCUGAAGGCCCUGAGAGUGUGGUCUGCGGGGUCAGUAAUAAAGACCUCUGAGUGUGUUUACUUGA